UUUUGCCCUAUGUUCCAUAUUUAUCAUAGUGAUGAUUACAAUAAGAGUAAAUUGUUUCUGAAUUAUCACGAAAGAGGGCAGAAUCGUAGAUUAUAUUAGGUUAGUUGACACAAGAUAUCGAAUUCUGGAGUUAAAUCGCAGCAAUUCAAAUUGUUUAAAUUGUUACAAAUAUAAUUGUUAUGUUAUAUUAAAUUACAUAGAGUAAUAUUUGAAUAAACAAAAACUAUAUGUAAUAAAGUUCGAAGAUUAAUUGAUCUUCUUUGGGUUGUUGUCUUAAAGAAGAAAUUAUUAAAAAAUGACAACACGAGAAAUAUUAACAAUUCAAUUAGGUCAUUAUUCUAACUUUAUUGGCACUCAUUGGUGGAAUCUUCAGGAAACUAAUUUUUCUUAUGAUCCUGAUAAUCCUUCAGAGAUAAAUCAUGAUGUUUUGUAUAGAGAAGGAGAAAAUUUCAAGAAACAAGUAACGUUUACUCCAAGGCUUUUAUUAGCAGAUUUGAAAGGCACUUUAGGUUACUUAAAAGAAAGUGGAACUUUAUACAGUACUCCGCAACAUGAAGAAGCAUCAUUAUUAUGGGAUAAAGAAAAUAUAGAAAUCACAGAGGAAAAUAUAUUUCCUAAGCCUGCCUUUAUAGAAAAUUUAGAUAAACCCAUAGAAGGAACACAAUCGCAAGAUUUUAAUCUUGAAAAUUCAGUAAAUACAUGGGUCGAUUACUUAGUGCCUAGAUUUCAUUCAAGAACAGUUAAUACUGUAAGAGAAUAUGAACAUAAUAGUAGCAAUCAUCCAUUUGAUAUUUAUACCUAUGGAAGAAAUUUAUGGAACACGGAACAAUUUUCAGACGAUUUCACAGAUAGAAUACGAGCUUAUGUAGAAGAAUGUGAUUUAAUGCAAGGUUUUCAAAUAUUAGUUGACUCCAUAGAUGGAUUUGCUGGACUUGGUGUCUCAUGUAUUCAACACCUAAGAGAUGAAUAUGGCAAAAGUAUUCUAGCAUUUCCUUGUAUCAAUGGUCAAAACACCGAACCAUCUGUAUCAGAUUUGAUUAAAGCUAUUAACAUAGCAUUAUGUUGGCAGCAUAUAGGAGAAUACUCAUCGCUCUUUAGUCCUCUUUGUUGCGGAGAAAAUGGUUGGCCACAAAUAGGCACUCCUCGAAAAUUUGACAACCUUACUUACGAAUUAGAACUUAAGUAUCACACUAGUUCUAUAUUAGCAACUGCAUUGGAUACAUUGAGUUUAAGAUAUAGACGGAAAGAAUAUCCUAACGUAGUAUUAUCCGAUUUAUGUGCUGAUCUUAAUAAACUUGGAUGGAAAGCAGUAGCAACCAGUCUAAGUUUACCUUUUCCAAUGACGGUAAAAAGAGAUUUGAUAGACAUAUUAGAUGAUUACGAAGGUUCUUUAUGGACAAGUUUGACACCCAGUUGUGAUAUACCAAUGGAUAAAAAUAUGCAAAGUAUAGCGUUAAGAGGAAUAUCGGAAGAAAGAUUGAAGAGACCGAUGAACGAAGCGAUCAAGCAAAUGUCGAAACCUGCUUAUAGAUGUUCUACCGUACACGAAAUGAUGACGCUUUAUUUAGCUUGUACAUGUCAUGCAUCAGCAACAUAUUUGUCUACUAUAAAAUCAAGUCUCAAAAUACAACAACCGUAUCCAAAAAUUUUCAACACUAACGUUACGGAAACCGGAGAUAUAGCAGGAUGGCCAGUAGGAGAAGACGUACGAUCAGUUCCAGUAAUGGCUGGAUUACAUUCUGGAAAUAGUCUUGCAUCCAUGUAUGAAUCUUUACAUAAUCAAGUACAGAGAAUACGCAGUAUUAAAAAGUUUCAUGCUUUUACCGACUCUGGCCUUGAGGAGGAUGAAUUUUCAGACUGUUUGAAUCAUUUAUUGGAUUGUAAAGAAACGUAUGAAGAUCAUUAUAUUUGAAGAGUAAAAUAAAAA